CGAAUUCAUUUUAUUGAAAUCCAUUCUCUCUCAAACCAUCAACUUUGAACUCUUCUCUCUCCAUUUACGUUUGGAGAACUCCAAGCAUCCUCUGAGGCGUUGUUCUGGAUCGAUUUUGGUUUUGUUCGGCUUGAUUUUGAUUGGCGAUGGCUGGAAUUUGCUGCGGUGUUGUUGGAGAAAGCGAGGCGUCGACGACGACGACGACCAUGGACGCGAGACCGAGGAGUUCGCGGCGAAGGAGAUUGGACAUGUUGCCGCUUAAGUACAUAGCGGAAAUGGCCGUGCAACCGACGGCGGAUAACGGGCGGAAGCGGCAGAAGGUCGAUCUGUACCGGUCAUUAUCGUCUGUACCACAGAAAGCAGCCGAAGUCUCCAAAGACGGACUCGAAGAGUCGCAGCCUAACGCAACGGUGCGUUUUAUGGAAGGUCAUGUUGGUGCAAAGACUACACGCGGAGAUGUGUCUAAGUCUGUCCAUUUGGAAAACGCAGCGGUUCAGAUGCCGGUUCACGACAGUCCCCGGUUCGGUAUGACUUCGGUGUGUGGGAGAAGACGAGAUAUGGAAGACGCCGUUUCGAUUCACCCUUGUUUUUUGCAAAAGGAGAAUCCGGAAUCUAACGGAACUCACUUCUACGGCGUUUUCGACGGCCAUGGCUGCUCUCAUGUGGCCUUGAAGUGUAAGGAUCAAUUGCACGAGAUCGUAAAGCAAGAGCUCGAAACCGAAGGAGAAUCGGUACAGUGGAAGGACGCCUUGGAGCGAAGCUUCUUGAAGAUGAACGAGGAGGUCCAGCAAGGGAAUCACGAGGCGGAGAGGCCGAACUGCCGGUGCGAGCUCCAGACUCCGCAGUGCGAUGCCGUUGGAUCUACGGCGGUCGUGGCCGUUGUCACCCAGGAGAAGAUCGUCGUCUCCAAUUGCGGUGAUUCCCGCGCUGUGCUUUGCCGAAGCGGUGCUGCGGUUCCUCUUUCCUCCGAUCAUAAGCCAGAUCGACCCGACGAGCUCGUUCGGAUCGAAGCAGCGGGCGGGCGCGUGAUCUACUGGGAUGGCGCGAGGGUCCUCGGAGUUCUCGCCAUGUCGAGGGCCAUCGGUGACAACUACCUGAAGCCGUACGUGACAUCGGAGCCGGAGGUGACGGUCACGGAUCGUACGGCGGAGGACGAGUGUCUUAUCCUUGCCAGCGACGGCCUCUGGGACGUGGUAUCGAACGAAACCGCCUGCCGCGUCGCCCGCAUGUGCUUGCUCGCGCAAAAGGCGGCGGCUUCACGGUCGGCGUCGUCCUGCUGUGACGCGGCGAGGAGGUCAGACAAGGCGUGCUCGGACGCAUCCAUUUUGUUGACGAAAUUGGCCUUGGCGAGGCACAGCAGCGACAAUAUCAGCGUCGUUGUCGUGGAUUUGAGAAGACCGGGGAGGUCCUAAAUCCUAAAUACGAGGUGGUUUCAUUUCGGUCUGACGAUAUAAUUACUAAUGUAGCCACCGUAUGAGUGGGAAAUUACAAGACUAGCUUUCGUUUGUAGGGCUGCUCUUAAUUUUCUUUUAAUUAACUAGUUUAAGGAAAAGAAAAUUUAAAUUUUCUUUGUAGGUAUGGUUUGGGGUUUUUUUUUUAUAUUAUUUUAUUUAGAAGGUUUUGCAAUAUUCACAUGACCGCAGAAGGUUGCGGAAGUGUGUUAUUAUGCGAACUAAAUAGAGAAUGUAAGUGUAUAAUAUUUUCUUCUUUGAACUUUUAAUGUUUUGUUGUUUCUCAAAUGCUCAAAUGCAAUGAGUUUGCUUAAA